CUCUAACACGGAAGCAUAUGCAGAACUGAAGGAACGGGAUAGAUGGGUACAAGACUCAAGAAAACAUAGGUGGUGGAUUAAAUCUCAUCCCCAGAAGAAUUCUAGAAUGCUGAUGUCCAGCUUCAUCUUGGCUCUCUUAGUUCACCUGUCCACCAGUUUUCUGACUGCGCAAGCUGCAGAACCUAGUUGUGUCCAUGUUGAUGACUUUGAGAACUGUCCUGGGGAUGCACACAGUUUCUGCCCAAGAGGGAUUGCUUGUGGUUGUAAAGAUCAAAUACCUUUUUGCAAGUGCCCGGCUUACCACAAUGGUUGGGAAGAUUAUUGGUACAUGGGUUCCAAAUGUGACCAACUUUGGAGUACUUUGGACUUGAUUUUAGUAGCCACUGUGCCUGGAGUAGCUUUGGUGUUAACAGCUGUUGUCAUCAUGCAGUGGGUUGGCUAUUGCAGACACAAGCCAGCGUACGGUACAGGAAAAAGCAGUGUUCAUGCAAGACAUACCAGAUCUGAAAUCCACUACAACCCAGCGAAUGUUCCUAACCUGGUUGAUAAUUCAAGAAACAUCUCUCAACAGAACGGCAGUAAGGAUGACAGAGCUGCACAGAGCGUGAGAUUCCCCAGGCUCUCAGUCCAAAGCUACGUUAACGAGCCUCCCCCAUUACCAGCAAGAUUUGGAGGCUUUAGCUACAUUCCUCAUCAACGAGCUGUUCCAGUUGAACGAGGCCAUCUUGCGGACCAGCAUGAUGCAUGGCAGAGUGAGAUUCCUGAUGUGGAUUAUAAAGAUGUAAACCCAUUUUCCACUAUGCCCAUGCAACAGUUUCCUAGAGCUCUCCCAUCAGCAUAUCCACAAUUUGACUAGCAGAACAACCAUCCACCAGGGACUUCUCUGAGCAGCGGAAAUAUAGUUAGGCCUUAUGUGAUUGGAUGCUCACCAAAUAAAGUACGACUCAAAGCUUUUAUAAGUACAGAAAAUCUAUAGAGUCUUAUUCUGGCCCAAACUGCUGUUUUGGGGUAUAAUACAUUCUCGAAAGUGAGAUCCUGCUAUCUUCACUUCACUUUCUAAAUGGCGCUCAGUUUAUCUGCCCAUCCAUUUCGUGCCAAAUGCCUUUUACAUCCAGAGGGUGCUCUUCUUAUGUUGUAAGCUUUGGGGGCAGGAAUGAAUGUACAGUAUCAUUAUUUCUACUAGCAAAUAAUGGUUAUGUAGACUAGAACUCUUUUUGUUUUUCUCUUUGACAUUAACCCUUCAGAUAUGAUAGUGACUUGGACUUCUCCCAAUCGUGGGAAACGGUCCUUCAGUAUGUUGUGAGAUUAGCUAUUUCUGUGACUUUUAUCGAACAAAAUUCAGCCCGGACAACGCCUGCACCUAAAAGAUAAUGUUUUGAGUCGAAUGGUAAUGUAAGUAAGAGACAGCGUGAAAGAAACUUCAAAAGAACAAUAUUAUGUCCUAAAUAUUAAAGGAAUUAAAACUGA